UUCAACGCCCCCACCCCCCCCAGCUCUAAACUGUCAGUCAUACCGUACACCCUCAUCUCCUUCCCAACUCUCUCGCUCUCUCUAUAUAAAUAAACUCUCCAUCACUUCAUCCAAACACACACCACACACACCAAUACCCAACUCAAACUGCAGAUAUUUUCCCACUUAGGAAAACAAAGAAGAUAAAACGAGUACAAUGGCUGCUGGUGGCCGCCGUCCGGACCCGGUGAAGGUCGUUAUAAUCAACACGCAAUACAUAGAGACUGAUGCGGUGAGCUUCAAAUCCGUCGUCCAGAGCCUCACCGGACAAGAGUCCGCUGCGCCGAGGAUUCAGGCAGGUGCUGGAGUUUCCUAUGAUGCGUCGCCGGUCUUGUCCCGCGGAAUGUCGUUCAAGGAUUUUGAGAGAAUGUUGAAGGAGUUGCCUCCGCUUGAUGAACUAUACGAGUUUUUUGCAUAAUGAUUUAGCUACUCAUUUGCAUAAAGCUUUUCCUUUUAAUUCUUGGCUUUUUUUUUAAUUGUGGAUGCAUAUUUGUUGAUUCUUUCAGGGACUUUUAUUGUUGUUUCAAGAUUUUUCGUGUAUAUAAAUAUAUAUUUAUUUUAUGUUGUCAA